UUCAGCAGGCAAACCAAGGAGGGUUAGUUGGGGUCUGUUCGUUUCACUAACUGAGGUUGUUUGGUUCAGUCGCUGAAUGCAGUGAAAAGUUUACACAGUUCAUCAGACAGUCACUGUUUUCGUGGGCCGAGGAACAACUGAGCUGACGGAUGAGCGGACAUUGUUGUUUUUUUCCUCAGGUGUGACUGGCAAUAGGUGUAGGCAACAAAAGUGCCUGCUCCUUUGUAAACAACAGAGAUUUGAGAUGAAGAUACCGGACGUGAUUCAAGCCCUCCUCUUGGUCCAAAUCCCUGCGACCUUCUUCUUCACUGCUGUGUUGGCUCAGUCCGACAGCAGCAGUGUGGUUGUUGCGGGCUACAACGUGAGCGCCCCCACUGGCUCUAGGGUGGUACUGCAGUGUGUGAGCGGGCGCAUGGUGUGGACCAGGGACAGUCUGAAGGACAGACAGAGGGUGGUCCACUGGGACCUGUACCGCCCAGGGCCAGACUAUGCCAUGGAGAGGGUUGCAGACAUGUUCUCUGCUGGAGACCAGCGCAUCUAUAACGGACACAACCAGGGGAGGGUCAGCCUCAGCCAAUCAGCAUUCAACGACGGAAACUUCUCUCUCGUCAUCAGAGACAUUGCGAUAAGUGACCGAGGCCUGUACUCCUGUAACCUGCACCAUCACUACUGUCACCUGUAUGAAACGAUCAGAAUACAGGUCAACGUCACCAAGUCACGUCGUAAGGAGCAGCGGUUCUGGGACGGUCAGAAAGCUGUGUUUGUGGUGUUGGUAGGCAGCACGGUGGUGUUGCCGUGUGUGAAUCGCCGCUCUGUGUGGACAGAAGAUGGCAGUGAGGAGGAACAGCAGGUGGUGCAUUGGGACCGGCAGCCUCCGGGUGUUCGUCACGACCGUGCAGACCGUCUGAUAGACCUGUAUGCGUCUGGGGAGCAGCGCAGCUACGGACCCCUGUUCCUACAGAGGAAGAUGAACAUUAGCGCCGAGUCCUUCACACAGGGAGACUUCUCUCUGGCUAUCUCUGCCCUGCAGCCAGGAGAUCAGGGUCUGUACACCUGUCACCUACAUCAUCACUACUGUGGUCUUCAUGAGAGAAGACAGUUUCAGCUCACCGUAGGCCCAGCUGAGCCUCAGGCUACUGUUGCCCCAAGAGCACUGCCCAACCAAGACAAGGAGGAUAGCAAGGCUGAGGCGCCACGUGUCAUCAACGUCAUCCUGCCCGAUCAGCGACAUCAUUUCCUGCUGCCCCUUGGCUACAUCCUGACGACGCUCCUCCUCCUGGCCUUCAUUGUGCUCAUCAUCAUCAUCAUUACCCACCGACGCAAGACCAAAGCGGUGGAGUUUUACCCACAGACAUCUAUGAGAUCCAACAGGGGUGACAUGGCCACCAUUGAGUUUGAGAUGGACGUUCCUGAAGUCAAGACGUGCAACCAGGAGGAGAAGAAACUAGACUACAAAAACAACCUGCUGAGGGAGAAGGUUCAAAUGUCCACCCUGCCCAAAGUCAUCGACCUGGACAAAGAGAUGGAGAAGGUGUAUUGGAAAUGAGAGGGGAGUCAGCUUGCCGCUGGCUGGUCCAGAGGCAGACGCUACAGACACAGGUUUCAUUCCAAACCAACCCCUAGGCCCUCAGCUACUGGUGUUUCAGUGUACUGUAGGGAUGUCCACUCUCCUCCACUAGUCCCACCUCUACAUUCCACCUCAAGUUAGACCCUUCACUCACAUUUGAUAACCACAAUGGGAUUGUAAAUCUUACUGUAUGCUUCACAGGUGAAACAGUUUGAGCAUAUAUUAUGACAAAAUGUUGUGACGUUUUUGUUCGUUUUGAUGUUCGGCAGGUUCAUGCACACAAAACAUUUUCUUGAGGCAAGUCAAAGUUCGGUAGUCGAAGUCUACACCCUUUUUGUCGGUGAUUGGUCAACUGUACUACUCCUAGUAGGAAUGGGAACUAUUGAAGGGAUUCUUGAAAGAAGUGUUUGUUGUCAUUUUUUCACACAUUUUUUCAUGCGACUAAGACCUCCUCGUCCAAAACGCCAAUUUAUUACCGAUUUCUGGAUUUAUCUUCGAUUAAUUCUGACUAUUUUGAGGAAGUGUAUACUGGCUAUGUUGUUGCUUCGGCGUCUCGUGUUUUUUUUCUUGUUUUUCAAGCGAAGGUCUUUUAAGGGAGUAUGUGAGGCACAGACGUUUGCUUAACCUAGCCGAGUUCUAGGUUAAGCAAAGCGAACCUAGUAUGUGGGCACCUUUAAACAGUUAAACAGCAAUACUAUUACCUUCUUAUUGCUACAAUUAUGUCAUUGGUUGCAAAAACUGCCGUUGUGGGAAGGUAUUUAUUUACAAAGAUGCACAGGGUUACCGAAGCCCAGAGCUUUUCCCAAGUUAGGAUAGAUGGUUAGGGUAACUCCAGUCCCUAUGAGGCAGGUACCUGUGUUCUCUCAGCACCACUGAACCCUCUAGAGGGGAGUGAACACCAUGACUUCUUCAGACAGCAUUACACGCUACAGAUAUAAGUUAUCCUUAGACACAGACCUAGGAUCAACGUACAAUCCCAACAUUAACCAUUAAGAGGGAACAAUGCAAAACUGGCCAUAGAUCUGUUGUCUACGGGCAACUUGAUCCUACUCUGCUUCACAUUCGCAACUACAGUAUAUACAGUAGUUGUUCAUAAAAACCUAUUGUGAGUGAUCAUACUGCCAUCACAUGACUAUAUUGGUGUAUUGUACAGUCACCUUUUGACUGACUAGGUCGUCAUUGUAAAAUAUAACUAGUUUUCAAUGACUUACCUGGCUAAACAGAGAAUAAAAUAAAGUGAUACAAGUGUAAUUUUCUAAUAAAUAAGCCAUUGCAUUGCACAUUAUGAACUGUUUGUAUUUGUGUACUCUGAUGCUUUAUGUUACUAUUGUAUUGUAUCGUUAAUGGACUGAAUCCCUUAUAUCCGUUAAGUUGACACUUUCCUGUAUCAUGUCUCCUUGUCUGCAUAACAAAUAGCUUAUUGGGACAAUAAAGAUCUACUCUACCCAACUCUA